AUGGUGUCUUUCAAGACAGUGUUUAGAGGCCCGGCCUUUAUGGCCGCUUCGGCCUAUGCUGCUAUUGACAUGGGAGAUACCGACGAGAUGGGCCCUGCCGCUUUUAUGUGGCCGGCUGAUAGAGUGUGGUCUGCCGCCAUGGACAACACGGCGCCCUGCGGCUCGGUGGCCAACCCGGGGAACAGGAGCGAGUUUCCUAUGCAGAAGGGAAAGGUUGCGCUCGUGGGACAGAACGAGUCAUUCAGCAUGGAACUGAGUAUUUCGUUCGAACAAAACCCCAAGUCCAACGCAGACUUUACCACACUCAUCGACCCCGAAGAGUUCAAGUCGAUCGACCCGGGACACACCUGCAUGUCGGUGCCCGAUCCCCCCAGCUCCGUCAGCGCCGGCGACAACGCGACCCUGCAGAUCAAGUACAUUGCCAGCUUCGACACGCCACACAACCAGACCUUUUACGCUUGCGCAGACAUUACCUUUGUUGAGCUUUUGGACUUUGAUGAGUAUAUCCCGUGCUUUAAUGCUACCAAGCCUGAGGAGGAUUACGACAAGGAUAAGGAUGGUGAUCCUCACCAUGACGAUGAUGAUGAUGAAGACGACAACGACAAUGAUGACGACGACGAUGACAACAAUGAGUCCUCUGGGUCUCAGAGUGGAUCUUCUGAUAAGAAGAGUGGUAGCUCUGGUCUGUCGGGUGGUGCCAUCGCCGGUAUCGUCAUUGGCGCUGUCGCUGGUGUUGCCCUCACCGGUGCCGCCGCUUUCUUCCUCUACAGGCGCAAGUCCAGACACCAGGCUGCGCUGAGGCAGCAGCAGUCUGCAAGAGGUGUCAACUGGGAGGACCAGCCCCCUAAGACCUCGCAGUCGACUGGACAUGUGAGGAUGGAUAACCUGUCCUAG